AAACCCGCGGCUCCCUGGGGAGCCCAUCAGAGGCUGGGGGCCAUGGCGGAGCUGCAGCAGCUGCAGGAGUUUGAGAUCCCCACGGGCCGGGAGGCUCUGCGAGGCAACCAUAGCUCCUUGUUGCGAGUCGCUGAUUACUGUGAAGACAACUAUGUGAAGUCCACAGACAAGCGGAAGGCGCUGGAGGAGACCAUGGCCUUUACCACCCAGGCCCUGGCCAGCGUGGCCUACCAGGUGGGCAACCUGGCCAGGCACACAUUGCGCAUGUUGGACCUGCAGACAGUGGCUCUGCGACAGGUGGAAGCCCGUGUGAGCACGCUGGGCCAGAUGGUGAACAUGCAUAUGGAGAAGGUGGCGCGCAGGGAGAUAGGCACCUUAGCCGCUGUCCAGAGGCUGCUCCCCAGCCAGAAAAUCAUUGCCCCGGAGAGCCUGCCCCCGCUCACGCCCUACUGCAGGAGACCCAUCAACUUCGGCUGCCUGGAUGGCAUCGGCCAUGGCAUCAAGGAUGUGAGCACGCAGCUGUCAAGGACCGGGACCCUGUCACGAAAAAGCAUCAAGGCGCCUGCCACACCCGCCUCUGCAACUCUGGGGAGACCACCCCGGAUCCCCGAGCCAGUGCAGCUCCCGGUGCUGCCCGAUGGCAAACUCUCUGCCGCCUCAUCUGCCUCUUCCCUGACCUCAGCAGGCAGCACGGACGGUGUUGGUGGGAUCUCCACGACCAAGGGGCAGGCAGCACCCCUAGCCCCUCCUCUUCCCAGCUCCAUUGCCCCACCUCCUCCACCAGCUCCGGACAUCUGCCUGCUGCCCCCUCCACCGGAGGAACUGUCCCUGCCCCUGCCUGCUCCAGACCUGCUCCCCCCUCCAAUCCUGGAAGUGGAUGAAUUGGAACUGCCACCUCCACCUCCACCAGGCUUUGGGCCGGAAGAGCCCAGUUGGGUCCCUGCUUCCUACUUGGAAAAAGUGGUGACACUCUACCCAUACACCGGCCAGAAGGACAAUGAGCUCUCCUUCUCCGAAGGCACUGUCAUCUGCAUCACCCGCCGCUACUCCGAUGGCUGGUGUGAGGGUGUCAGCUCAGAGGGGGCCGGGCUCUUCCCAGGUAACUAUGUGGAGCCAACCUGCUGACAGACAGCCUGGGGGUCUUUCUGGACUGCUGACCACAGGCUUUACUCUGAGUGAAACUUGAGCCCCAAGGCCAAAGCCAGCUCCAAGGUCAAGCAAGGCUGGACUAGGCUUGCCCACCUCUUGAGCUGUGAGCUGUGUCUGCACCUGCCCCCACUGUGGUGGGAAGGGGUCCCUGGGAGAGAGAAGAGAUGCCCAGAGGCCUGCUGCAGACAGGAAAGAGCCGGAGCUGAGGAGCUCGGCGAUCUUGUCCACAGAGGACCCCCAUUCCACGGAGGGUGGGGUCUCCAGCUGCCAAAGUGCCAACUUUGAAUAAAACUCUGAUGAACUCCUGAUGGAUUGCCCUGCAGGGCUGGGGGGCCAGAGAGGGACUGAAAGGAAUUUCAGUUCCAAGGCUCCCUGUUAACUGUUGAGCCCCUUCUGCCUGCUCUUGGCAGCAGUAUCUUUCCCAC